UACAGCCAAAACUUUUGGCAACACACUGUUGGACUAUACAGUACCUGUAACUUGCCUCAAGACUCUCAACCUAAGAUCCAUCUCUGGAAGACAGAAGAAGAGGACACUUUACCUGAGGCUCAGGACAUGGAUACAUAGACCACUAAUAUUUGCUUUCAAUGAAGAAUUUCUCCUUGUCUGUGUUUGCACUUUCUGUCUUUUCCACCAGGAGAACUGUACAGAGCUGAACACAUUGAAGACCUAAGUCAGCAGUAUUAAGAGGUAAAGUCAUGGUCCCUUCACUGCACUGGCUCCUGCUCCUGUGGGGACUUCAGGGUCUUUUGGCACAAGACUACGAAGACUAUGAAGAAGAAGUUGCUCCCCCCAAAAAGAAGAACAAAUUAUUUUCACCCAAUUCCAUAACUCCGAAUGGCAAAUCACUCAUUGAUGAAGACUGCAGUUUGGAGAUUGCUUUUCUGAUUGAUAGUUCAGAGAGUGCCAAAGAAAACCAUGCCCAGGAGAAACGCUUUGCUACAGAUGUGAUGGAACGGCUACAGGGCCUACGCCUGCAGACGGGCCGGGGGCUAAGCUCUCGUGCAGCGCUGCUCCAGUACAGCAGCCAUGUCAUCAUCGAGCAGACCUUCAAACAAUGGAGGGGCGUCGAAGAUUUCAAGGCCCGAAUCCCCCCCAUGGUCUACAUUGGCCAUGGCACGUACACCACCUACGCUAUCACCAAUCUGACCCGAAUUUAUCUGGAAGAGUCAGACCUAAAAAGCAUCAAAGUGGCCAUAUUGCUAUUCGAUGGCAUCUCCCAUCCCAGAAAUCCAGACAUAUUCUCAGCAGUGGCCGACGCCAAGAACCAGGGUGUCCGAUUCUUCACCAUCGGCAUUACACCCGAAGCAAACGAGCCCGCCAAUGUAGCCCAGCUGCGGCUCAUCGCUAGCUCCCCAGCCUCUCGCUACCUUCACAACCUGCAGGACAGAGGCAUUGUGGAAAAAGUCAUCAAGGAGAUUUCAAAUCUGGCAGAUGAAGGGUGUCCCUUAGCCCAGAGCAAGUGUGCAUGUGAGAAGGGGGAGAGGGGACCCAGUGGCCCUGCUGGCAAGAAGGGACGUCCUGGCGAAGACGGAAGCCCCGGGCUUAAAGGACAGAAGGGUGAGAGUGGGCUCAGUGGUCUCCCUGGCCGAGAAGGAGCAGAGGGGAAGUCGGGAUACAAAGGAGAGAAGGGAGAGAGAGGAGAAUGUGGCGUACCUGGAAUCAAGGGAGACAGAGGUCCUGAGGGGACUGUUGGACCAAGAGGAAACCGUGGACUUCAGGGUUUGCCUGGUCCACAUGGUGAUAUCGGCCCUGAAGGUCCAAUGGGGAAAAAAGGUGAACGGGGACUUCCUGGGCCACCUGGAAUUCAGGGUGAAACAGGGAUCGGCCUACAGGGACCCAAGGGUGAUGUUGGUUUCCAGGGGCAACUAGGGCCUCCGGGUCCACCAGGACUGGGUGAACCUGGACCACCGGGACCUCAAGGGCCACAGGGAGUACAAGGAGAGAGGGGCCCGUCAGGAGAAGGUCUCCCCGGACCGAAGGGUGAGCGAGGCUUGGAGGGGCCACGGGGGCCCAGAGGACAGCCGGGCGCCGGAAUCAAAGGAGACAAGGGGGAUUUUGGUCCUCCUGGUCUUCCAGGGCCUGUUGGCCUCGCUGGUGCAGGAAUACAGGGUGAGAAGGGCAUGGAGGGGCCAAGGGGCCCACCCGGAAGCAGAGGCCCCCCAGGAGAGGGCUUCCCUGGACCAAAGGGAGACCAAGGGCUGCCUGGAGAAGUCGGUGCCCCAGGAGAAAGAGGCGCUGGAGAUCCUGGAGCUAAGGGGGAACCAGGAGCACCAGGGAUGUCUGGUUUGCCCGGCCUGCCAGGGGAAGACGGAGCUCCUGGACAGAAGGGUGAGCCAGGAGCGACAGGUCUAAGGGGGCUAGAGGGGGCACCUGGAAUUGGAACCCAAGGGGAAAAGGGCGACCAAGGCCAGAGGGGGAUAAGAGGGUUGACUGGUCCACCAGGCAUUGCUGGACCCUCAGGACCAAAGGGAGAACCGGGAGCACAGGGCAGACUGGGUUUACCUGGACCACCAGGCCGCUUUGUUGCUGGACCCAAGGGCGAUGUUGGCCCAAGUGGUCCUCCUGGUCCAAUUGGGGAGACCGGAUACGGACUUCCUGGACCAAAGGGUGACCGUGGAGAUUCAGGUCCUGCAGGUCCACUUGGUCCCAAAGGAGACGGCUACCCCGGCCCUGUGGGUCCUCCUGGUCUGCCUGGACUUCCAGGAGAACCUGGCCUGGAAGGAAUGGGCAUCCCUGGACCAAAGGGGGAUAUCGGUUUCCGAGGGUUGCCUGGUUUGCCAGGACCUCCAGGCGAAGGCCUCCAAGGACCUCCGGGUAACACUGGGCGCCCUGGUCCACCAGGGCCAACAGGGCCACCAGGACAAGGAGUUCAAGGGCCAAAGGGUGAGCAGGGCACCCAAGGUGUGACGGGGCCAAGGGGUCUACCCGGAGAAGGAUUUCCUGGAGCUAAAGGUGACCGCGGCUCAGCCGGCGAGAGGGGGCUGAAGGGAAUCAAAGGAGACAUGGGAGACUCCGGAUCCCCGGGGCUACCUGGUCGAGCAGGUGUCAAAGGUGAAGCAGGUCUCACUAGGGAGGACAUCAUUCGGAUGAUCAAAGAGAUCUGUGGAUGUGGGAUAAAAUGUAAGGAGAGGCCUAUGGAGCUGGUGUUCGUCAUUGACAGCUCAGAGAGCGUGGGGCCAGAAAACUUUGAGAUUAUCAAGGACUUUGUAAACGCACUAGUGGAUCGGGUCACGGUGGGCCGCAACGCCACCAGGAUCGGCCUGGUGCUGUAUAGUCUGGAGGUCAGGCUUGUGUUUAACCUGGCUCGCUACGUCACCAAACAGGACAUUAAACAGGCCAUCAGAAACAUCCCGUACAUGGGAGAAGGCACCUACACCGGCACGGCCAUCCGCAAAGCCACGCAGGACGCCUUCUACAGCUCCCGUCUGGGGGUCAGUAAAGUGGCCAUUGUGAUUACAGACGGCCAGACGGACAAACGAGAACCAGUGAAGCUGGACAUAGCUGUACGAGAAGCACACGCAGCCAAUAUUGAGAUGUUUGCUCUGGGGAUUGUGAACACUUCAGACCCGACGCAGGCCGAGUUCCAGCGAGAGCUCAAUCUGAUCGCCUCUGAUCCAGACAGCGAGCACAUGUUCCUCAUCGAUGACUUCAACACCCUGCCAGCUCUGGAAUCCAAGCUGGUCAGCCAGUUCUGUGAGGACGAGAAUGGAGCUCUGAUCUACAACAGGGUAACUAACGGCUACAACAGCCAAGGAAACAAUGGUUACAACGGCUACGGCGCUAAUGGCAACAGGAAUGGCAUCAAUGGGAACUACGCCAUCGGAGGCUAUGGGUACAGGCCGAUAACUGACACAAAUAAUGGCCGGCAGACUGGAAUCAGCACUGGCACUGGCGUUCAGGGUCAUGGAGGAGGUCUGGACAUCACCCGGAAAGGCAGCAAAGGAUCCAGCACAGGACACGGAGGAGGCCAGUUUACCUACACCGACACGAGCUUUGGAACCGAGCGUGGUGACACAUUUAACCGAGCGGACGGGUUGGACAGAACCGUCACCCUACCAAAAGAAGGUUCCUCUUCAUCCUCAACAUCCUCGUCUUCCUCAUCCUCCUCAUCCACUACAAAUAUAACCACGUCAACCUCAGGCGGAUCUGUCCCGUAUGUGCCUCCUCCAAGGCCAGCUCUUCCCAAAGAGACUGUACCUUUAGACCCUCGAUGCAGUCUGGUUCUGGACCAGGGCUCGUGUCGGGACUACAACAUCCGCUGGUACUAUGACAAACAGGCCAACGCCUGCGCCCAGUUCUGGUAUGGCGGCUGCCACGGCAACAGGAACCGCUUCGACACUGAGGAGGAGUGCAAGAGGACGUGUGUUAUAACCAGAUCCACCGGAGGCUAAGUGAAGGCGUCUGCCGUACAUCUGCUGUACAUACUUCAAGGAGGGGCAGCUAAUACCAGCCAUUUUUUCAGGGUUAUGUAAAGUUUUGUUUUUGCAUAAUUCUCAGGCAUAUACAUGUACACUGAUGUCAGGAUUUUACAUUCACAUGGUGCCUUUGUAGCCCACCCUGCUGCAAACUCCUCCCUCCAGUAGCACUUACAACAGGUAUGCUAAUACAUUUAUGCUCCACUAAUCACAGUGAAUGACAAACCUCAUUUUGAUAGAUACCUCCAUUGUUUGUUUUUUUUUUUAUUUUAUUAUUUUUUUUUAUCAGCCUCCAAUGCAAGACAAAUCCUCCAUCACUCCCACUGAGGAAUACAAAUGAGCACUUUCACAGUAUGUUUCCAGUUCCCUGUGGAUUCCCACACCUAUGGGACAUGAUCAUUAUUUCAUGCACAGACUGUGAAUGCUGCAAAGAUGAUAAAAAAAAAAUAAAUAAUCACUUUUAGCUCAACAUGAGCUGUAAUAGCUGUGGUAACUUGUCAGUGUCAAAAUCAUAAAUCGGACGAAUCAAUCAACAUAUUGUAGCCGAUCAUUUACUCAAACACUGUAGGCGUUAUCUGGUACAUAAUCCCAAAAGCCAACAGUAGAAUAGAAUGAAGCCUCUCAACAUUUAUGUUAUUAAAUAUGUUGUGUUUUUUUGUUUUUUUUUUUCAUUUAGGAUGGUUGAUGCUGUGUAAUUUCAUGGAAUCAUUUGUGCAUUCGAAUGUUUAUUUUAAUUUUUUUUAGAUAUUCAGACAGAAAAUGUGAUGGUUUUUGUUGUUUACAUUGUUUCUCACCAUAAAGUCUGCCUUCCUGUGCUCAAACUGUAGACAUUAAUGAUGGACACACAUCUACACACACACUGCCCUCUACUGGGUAACGCAUGCGGAUGUCACUGAGUCCGGGUUGGAUUUUCAUUACAUAGAAAGCAACGUAUUUCUGUUUGUGAUCAUCUGGUUUGUCAUUAUGUUACCCCAGCUGUACUCACUGUAUAAGUUUAUACUGUACUUUCUAUUUCAUGCUCCACUGAUGUCAAACAUUUUUAAUAAAUCUGAUCUA